UACAACACCCGGAAUCCAUCAAACGUAAAUAUCUAACCGUAAAAAUGGCUGGAUUCAAAUUGAUACAAAAUUAUCUAUCUGAAUCUGACGAUGAUGCUGACAUGUCAUGUAAUUCUACUGCAAAUAAUAAUAAAAAUUUGCCCUUGCCAAGUAAUUUAUUGUCGUGGAUGACAGAUGACAGUGAAAUUAAAGAAGAUCCAGAUAAACAUGACGGCCGUAUCAGAAGUUUCAAACACGAGCGCGGCAAUUGGGCGACGUUCGUUUACAUUCAAUACCAAGUGUGGGAUUUACUCGAAGAAUGGAUGAAGUCAUCAACAGAGUGGCUCACUGAUGGUAAUUUGAUAAUUGAAAAUAGUCAUAUUAGUUUGACGCGUACUUUAAUAUUCAAAUUUCACUGGAUUGAAUCUUUUGUGGAUAGUAUGAAGAAGAUUUGCUCAUCAGUGUCGCCAUUUACACUUGAGAUAAAUAAUGUUAGAGUUUACUGCAACGAAGAGCGGACACGAACCUUCCUGGGGAUCGAGUGCCACUGCCAGGAGCCAGGGUUCAUUCACUUGAUGGAGUCGCUGAAUAAUUUGUUGGCCGAGUAUCAGUUGGAAUCUUUUUACCAAGAGGCUUCAUAUCACAUAAGUUUUUUCUGGAUACUCGGGGAUCGGGAGAAAGAACUGAAACCUUAUGUAGAAAAAUUAAACAACAGUUUAAAUCAAGUGCUGAUUAAAGAUUUAGAUAAAAACUAUAUUAAAGUAUCAAAAUUACACUGCAAAAUUGGUAAUAAAAUUUACAUAUUUACAUUAAAGUCAUAA